AUGGAUAUUGAAAACAAUGUCUCUCAAAUGUCACCACCAAUCUUUGAUGGUGAAAAUUACCAAGCUUGGGCUGUUAGAAUGACAGUCCACUUGGAAGCAUCAGAUCUUUGGCAAGCUAUAGACGAAGACUACGAGGUGACUCCACUGCCUGCAAAUCCUACGAUGGCUCAGAUGAAGUUGCACAAAGAAAAGACAUUAAGGAAGUCCAAAGCUAAGGCCUGUAUGUUCUCUGUUGUUUCAAGUUCUAUAUUUACAAAGGAUAUAUGGGAUUAUCUGAAGAAAGAGUACCAAGGAAAUGAGAGAACCAGAAAUAUGCAAACACUUAACCUAAUCAGAGAGUUUGAAAUGAUGAAGAUGAAUGAGGCAGAAACCAUUAAGGAGUACUCCAAUACACUCCUGGGCAUAGCUAAUAAGAUAAGGUUACUUGAUAAGGAUUUUCCUUAUGAUCGGAUUGUGAAAAAAAAUCCUUGUAACCUUACCUGA